ACUACCAACGUAAACUCUAGAAUGCAGCAGCGAAAUGGAGAUAAUGAUGGGAAAAUACGGAAAAUGAAAUAAAAGAAGAAGAGAGUGUUAGUGGCGUUAGUGAUCGUUCGUUUCUUGAUGUUUACGGUGUACCGCACGAAAUAAAUCCGGUUAAAAAGUGUAAUAAACUCUUCACCGAAGAUAGUUAUAGAAAUUGAUCGUCCUAUUGGACAACGCAACCCCUAAAAACGUCCUCAACAUGCUCUAGCUAAGUCUAAAAUCAAGAACAAAAAUCGCAUGAGCUAGAGUACUGAGAAUUCGGAAUAUUCAGUAAACAAAUAAGUAAACAAAGAAAAUAAACAAUGCAAAAUUGGGGUCAAUGGCAAGUUCCGCCGGCUGGUACAGCUGCUGGACCGAUGCCACAACCACCAGCGGCUCCAGGUUAUCCUUCUACUGGCACUGAUCCCAUGGCGACAAUGCAAGCUUAUAUGCAAUAUUAUAAUCAACCAGCUCCCAGUGGAUAUACUACUGAACAAUGGGCUGCAGCUCAGCAACAAAAUUGGGCUCAAUGGCAACAAUGGCAACAACAAUAUCAGCAGUGGCAAGCACAAUAUGGUGCAAAGUAUCAAGAAUCAAUGAAACAGAUGUCUAGUAUGACCUCAGGACUUCAACCUCCUCCACUUCCUAAAGAAGACUUUUCAACAAAACCACCUUUACCACCUGAAAACAUGAACCAAAAUCUUGGUAUGCCCCCGCCUACCCAAAAUAACUUUCCAUUUGCGUUUAAACCAAACGUAAAUCCUCCCUUGCCACCUGGGCAACCACCACCACCCCCUGAAAAUCCUCCGCCGUCUGAUAAUGAUUUAACCGGUAUUAAACGAAGUGCUAAUGAUCAUCUUAAUACUAGUAGUGCUAAAAAAACUAAAAGUGAAGACGAUGAACUUACUGAUGCUGAAAAAACAUUUGACGCGCAAUUCAAACAAUGGGAAGAACAAUUUAAUAAGUGGAAACUACAAAAUGCUGAUCAUCCAGACAAGGCACAGUACAAGCAGUAUGAAGCAAAAUGGACAUCAUGGCGAGAAAAAUUGAUUGAACGUCGGGAACAAAUGAGAAAGAAACGUGAAGCGCAGAAAGCUAAAGUUGAAGCUGAAAAGAAAAAGGCUUUACCCGGUGGUGAUAAAUUACUCAAUAUACUAUCGAAUACCGAAAAUCAAGGAUUGAUAAAUAAUUUAUUAGGAAUUGGAAAAACGCUUGGUUUGUCUGGUAAAGAAGCAUCGUCAGUGUCAACUAGCCAACCAGCUUCAACUUCUGUUACGGCGAGCUUAGCUGUUCAAGCACCAGUACAGCCAACAAUGCCGGUAAUGUCUACCACGAUGACACCUGAAGUGAGUCAACAAGCUUGGGCUGCUCAACAAUGGGCUCAAUAUAGCAUGGCUGCUAUGACUGUUCCAUCUUACACAAGCUAUCCACCACCUGUGAUUCCACCACCAGCUCCGUUAGGGGCUCCAAGUUCAUUAGGUUAUCAACCAAUGGCUCCUCCGCCUAAUCCGCUGGGCAACUUUUCUCAACCACCACCAGGAUUUCCAUCUAAUAAUUUUUCUCAACCACCUUCUGGAGGAUCAUCGGGAAAUCAAAAUGCGCCGUUUAAGCCUGAUGACAACUCAAAUGCGCCAUUUAGAAAUGAUCAGUAUAAUAACAAUAACAAAAAUAAUAAUAACAGCAACAAUAACAAUAACAACAACAAUCAGUCAUACAAUGAUCGUUUUGGCUCUAAUGAUUCUAAUAAUCGUCAAGGCCAGGACGGUGUGGGUCAAUUCCGAUCUAACGAUUCAUUUAAUCGCGACAGUGGCCCGAACCGAUUCAAUCAAGAUGACCGCAAUAAUUUUUCAGGCGACCGGUUUCGUCGCGAUGGACCAUCAGGUCGGGACUUCGGAUUUGACAAUCGAUCAAAUGAUUAUCGUUCAGGUGACUCUUUUGGAUCUAAGGAUCGAUCUAAUGACAGAAACUUUGGUGAUGAUAGAUUUUCUAGAGAUGAUGGAAAUUCAAGAGAUACCAAUCGAUUUGGAGGAGCUAAUAGAGAUUCAUUCAACUCCAGUUUUGACCGUGGAUCAGGUUCAAAUAAUCGAGAACAGAUGGAUUCGGAGGAUCGUUUUGGAAAAAAUCAAUUCAAUGAUGAUCGGUUUGGUUCUGACAGAUUUAAUUCAGGAUCGGAUCGAAGAGACAACUUUGACAAUUCGAAUAAUCGUAAUCAAGGCAGAAAUAGUCGAUUUGACCAAUCUCCGGAAAUGUCACCAGAGCUUAAAAAAUUAAUGGAAAAACGACGUAUUGCGAUGGAUAUAUUUAAACCAUCAGGAACCUUUUUAGGAGCUGAUAAAUCUGAUACAAAUUUUGGUUCUUUGAGUGAAAGUUUCAAAAAAAUAACCGGUGACUCACCAUUUUUGCCAAGGAAUCGUUCUAGCGACUUUGGUAGAAAUUCAUUUUCUGACAACAAUAAAGGAUCUUUUUCGGACAGUUUUAACAAGGGUUCAGGAUCUUUUGCUCCUAACAAUGACUCCGAUAAUAGAUUUCGGGAUGAUUUUCGCUCUCGAGGAUCCGAUUUCAACCAGCGUGGUUCUGAUGACUUUAAUAAUCGUUUUGACAAUACAGGACCUCGUGGAUCUAACGAUUUUGGUCCUCGUGGUAGAGAUUAUGGCCCAAGAGGCUCCGACUCCGAUUUCGGUAAGGAUCGUGGUUUUGGUAGCAUGAUGAAUCGAUCCAAAACACCUCCUAGAGAUGAUCUACCCCAAAAUGAUUUCAUGAAACCACCGCCUUUGAUGGAAGGACGUCAACAAGGGAUGGAAGGACGUCAGCAAGGGAUGGAAGGACGUCAGCAAGGGAUGGAAGGACGUCAGCAAGGGAUGGAAGGGCGUCAACAGGGGAUGGAAGGACGUCAACAAGAAAUGGAAGAACGUCCAUCAUUGAUGGGAGAACGUCCACCAUUAAUGGGAGAACGUCCACCAUUAAUGGGAGAACGUCCACCAUUGAUGGGAGAACAUCCACCAUUGAUGGGAGAACGUCCACCAUUGAUGGGAGAACGUCCAUCAUUGAUGGGAGAUCGUCCCUCUCUCAUAGAACGACGUUCUCCUCAGCCUGAAGACCAUUCAAUGAAAAAAGGAUACUCAACAAUGAUGGAUGAUCAAUCUACAAUGAAAGAGAAUCAGACGCCCUCAGAGGAAAAACAACUGUCUGCAGUUAAUGAAAAAGAAAAUAAAAGUGAGCCAGUUACAUCUCCAUCAAAUCUUCCGCCUAUGGAUAUCCCACCGUGGAUGGAUUCUCAAAUGAUACAAAAUCGGUCUGAUGAUAAAGAACAUGGUACAGUAGAAUCUUUUUCAGUUCCCGAAAAAUCUAACGAAGCGAACAAUUUUGAAACAAAAACUGAAAUCGAUAAGAAUCAAGCUGCUAGAAUUGUGGAACCUGAAAAAAAGUUGGACGUUUUACCGUUUAUGGGUGAGAAUGAUCCAAAACCUGAAGAUCUUAAUAUGGAACCACCUCCUGAAUUACCAAAUUUAGGCCCAGUUGAUAGACCAUUUGAAACAAAAGAGCAAGGACGAGACUUUAAUUCUAAUUCUAGUGACAAACCUUUUGAAAAAAGAGAAUCUGAACCUCGUCCUUUCAGUGGUAAUGAACCUAAUUCAUUUGAAUCUAAAAAUUUAGAUUCAUUCGGACCAAAAGGGUCUAGAGAGCCUAAUACUUUUGACUCUAAGAGAUCUGAUUCAUUUGGUCCUAGAAAUUCCGAUCAAUUUGGACCUAGAGGGCCUGAUGGAUUCGGACCGCAAGGCUCUGAUUCAUUUGGUUUUAAACGACCCGAUCCAUUCGGACUCAAGGGACCCGCUCCAUUUGGACGACAAGAAACUGAAUUAUUUGAACAAAAAGGACCAGAACCUUUUGGACCUAGAGGAUCUGAUUCGUUUGGUCCGAGAGGAUCUGAUUCAUUUGGACCUAAAGGAAAUGAUUCAUUUGGACCAAGAGAAAAAGAUUCAUUUGGACCUAGAGGAUCUGAUUCAUUUGGACCAAGAGAAAAAGAUUCAUUUGGACCAAGAGGAAAUGAUUCAUUUGGACCUAGAGGGAAUGAUUCUUUUGGACCCAGAGGAAAUGAUUCAUUUGGACCUAGAGGAAAUGAUUCUUUUGGACCCAGAGGAAAUGAUUCAUUUGGACCUAGAGGUAAUAAUUCAUUUGGACCCAGAGGAAACGAUUCAUUUGGACCCAGAGGAAACGAUUCAUUUGGACCCAGAGGAAAUGAUUCAUUUGGACCCAGAGGAAACGAUUCAUUCGGACCUAGAGGAAAUGAUUCUUUUGGACCGAAGGGACCCGAUUCAUUCGGUCCAAGAGGUUCUGACAUGUUCGGACCAAGAGAACCUGAUUCAUUUGGACCAAGAGGACCUGAUUCAUUUGGACCAAGAGGAUUUGAUUCAUUCGGACCAAAGACUGGAUUUGAUUCAUUUGGGUCUAAAGGACCUGGUCCAUUUGGGCCAAGAGGACCCGAUUCUUUCGGGCCAAGAGGAGCAGAUCCAUUUGGCCCAAGAGGACCUGAUUCAUUUGGUCCAAAAGGGCCUGAUUCAUUCGGAUCAAGGUUCGGAUCUGAUACGUUUGGACCAAGAGGUCCUGCUCCUUUCGAACAAAGAAGAACUGAAUCACUCGAUUCUAGAGGUUCUGAAGGGAGUAGUUUCCGAAAUCUCGAUUUGUUUGGUCCCAAAGGACCUGAUCCAUUUGGACCUAGAGAUCAAAGUGAUAAUAGAUUUUCGUCUUCUUUUGGGUCAUCCUUGAAUAAUCAAAGAGAUAGUUCAUUGCUCGGUGGUCCUGGAGGCUUAAAUGAUGAUCCCUUCAGUGCAAGAAAUCCUAAUGAUCCAUUUUUAGGUCCUCGAGGACCGGAUGACUCUGAUUUUCGUCCGGCCAAUUCUGGACCAUCUUUCGGUUCACGAACGUUCAGCGAUCUUCAAUUUAUAACACCUAGCUCUGAAAAACCUGCACCGCUUCGUGGACUCAAUGAAAAAACCUUUGGUCCCAAUCAACCUGCUGAUGAUCAACCGAAAAUUCCAUCACUUUUAUCCGUUAAAUUCGAUCCACCAAUAGGCAUGCUGAAAGAACUUCGCGAUGAAAUCAAAGACAGUCAUCCUCUGGACUCUAAUCGACCAUUUGAUCGACCGUUCGGGCCGAAUUCUAUAUCGGGACCUGGACUAGGGCCACAAUUAGGUCCUGAUAGAGAUUUACCAAUGCGACAAAAUUUCCCGAUGAAAGAUUUUCUUCUUCGUGACAAUAAUCCUGUAUCAAUACUAGGACCUGGUCCCAGCUUAGGACCCGGACCAGGACCUUUUUCAUCUUCGUUUGGGCCUAUGCAGGGUGGUCCAAAUGAUAUGCAAUCGGGCUUCAAUAAACCUCCAAUGCAUAUAGAUAUGGAUAAUUCUUUUUCUCGACGCAUGGGAAAUCAACCUGGUGUCAGGCGUGAUGGACCGAUGCAUCCAUCGUUCUGUAUUGAAAAACAAUUUAAUUAUAACCAUGGUGAUAGUGCUCCUAAUGAAGUGUUCAACGAGUACAGGCCAUCAAAAGUUACAGACUAUGGACAUAUUCGUCGUCCUUCUGCUCAAGACUACGUCACACCAGUGCAUUGCUUCGAUUACUCUCAUGGUAGAUUGAAACCUGUAGUCCCCGAUCAUGAAAUUUAUCCUAGGUUGGAAUUUAAAUACUGGCAAGAAAAUGAACAUAAUUUAAAGGAGUACAAUGAUAGUUUCUCAGCCUACAAAAAUCGCCAUAAUAGAACUAAGAUGGCUAAUAAACGAAAUAGAAGAGAACCCAGUCCUGUUUGGAAGCGCGAAGAUCGCAAACGAUUCAGUGAUCAUUAUUCAUCAUGGGAGAGAGAAGACAAUCGUAGAGAUAGAGACAGAGAUAGAGAUCGAGAACGGGAUAGAGACAGCCGCGGUAAAGACCAUCGUGACAACAAACGAGUAGACAAUUGGGAAGAUCGACGGGGAGAAAGCCGUGAAGACAGACGAGGAAAUAACCGAGAUGAAAAACGAAGUGACAGAGGAAAAAAAGACUCAUUCUCCUCUGGACAUCAUUCUGGAUAUUCGAAAGAUUCUAAAGACUACAAGGAUAAUAAAGAUUCUAAGGAUCAUAAAGAAACUCGGGAUAAAAAAGAACGUCAGCCAUCUUGGGAAAUUGAAAUUGAAAAACUCAGUGAAGAAACUGCACGUAAAAAUGCUAGUCAAGCAGAAAAAGCCCGUGAUAAGUUAAAUCGAAAUCAAAAGGACUCUAAUACUGAAAUAAAAAAAGACGAAGAAAGAUCUAAAGGGAAUGUAAGCCGACAGGAGAAUUCGUUGAACAAUAUCGCCGACGCAUCUAAUCAGGAUUCCAGUCAAGAUGUUACCAAUAUCGAACCGAAGUCCCCGCCAAGGACAAUGGAAUUGGCGAAAACAUCAAAUCUCACUAUUAUUGAUGAUCUACUCUUCCCACCUGGACGUCAGAAUAGACCGCCAAAAAUAGCCAUCAUCUUGCGAGGACCACCUGGAAGUGGAAAAUCUUUCGUUGCUAAACUUAUAAAGGAUAAAGAAUUAGAACAAGCAGGCUCAGCGCCACGUAUUCUCAGCUUAGACGACUAUUUUUUGACUGAAAAAGAAAUAGAAAGUACUGAUGAUAAUGGCAAGAAAAUUAUUAAUAAGGAAAUGGUGUACGAGUAUGAAGAGGGAAUGGAACCAAGUUAUUUAACAUCACUAGUCAAAGCCUUUAAGAAAAAUAUCGUUGAUGGCUUUUUCAAUUUUAUAAUACUUGAUUCUAUAAAUGAAAAAAUUUCUGACUAUGAAGAAAUGUGGAGCUUUGCUAAAUCAAAAGGCUUUCGGGUAUACAUAUGUGAAAUGGACAUGGACGUUCAAAUAUGUUUAAAACGUAACAUUCACAACCGAACUGAAGACGAAAUAAACAGAAUUAUUGAUUAUUUUGAGCCGACACCGAAUUAUCAUCAAAAAUUAGAUGUCUCAUCAUUGUUACAAGACGAAGCCAUCGAACAGGUACAAAUGGAAGAAGUAACUCCUGUCACUGAUAAAAAAAGUACUGAUUCUAAUGAAGAUAGCCAGGAUAGUCAAGAAGGACAGAAUUCAUUGGGAGUUAGCAAAUGGGAAAAAAUGGAAGCUGAAAACAAACUAGACCGUCUGGAUGGUUUAGCAAAACGCAAAAAUGAUAGUAAACCUCAAACAAUGGAGGACUUUUUGCAAGUUCCUGAUUAUUAUGACUCAGAAGAUUUAUCAGGGAAAAAACGCGUCCGAUGGGCUGACUUGGAAGAACGUAAGCAGCAAGAAAAAUUGCGGGCAGUUGGUUUCGUCGUCGGACAAACAAAUUGGAACCGUAUGAUGGAUCCUACAAUGGGCAGUAGUGCACUCACACGGACCAAGUACAUAUAAAAUACAUUUAUCUUCCUUAAUUAAUCCAUUCAAUUGCAAUUCAUGAAAUUGCUGUGAUACUGCUAUUAAUGAUGUUUAUGAUUUGUCCCGUUUUUUGUUUUAAGUUAAUUUAGUUCUUAGAUAAAUUUAUAUUGCGUGGUUUUGUUCCAACAUUUGUACAUGAUACGAAAUAUGUUUAAUUGUCUUAUCUAUGAA